UCUCUCUCUCUCUCUCUCUCUCCCCGGUAGCGGCAGCGGCGGCGGCGGCAGCAGCAUCUCCCGGUAAUCUCUCUCUCUCUCCGGGCUCCAUGCAGGCAGCAGUGUGUCGGAAACACACGACAGGCUUCCCGAUGACCGAGACAUGCUCGCCUUCGCCUUAGUCGCUGGCUCCGUCUGGGUUGUUUUAGAGCUGAGCUCCACUCUUAUGGAGAAGAUGCAGUCUCGGGAUCUGCUGCUGGGUCUUCAUCUGCCUGAGCUGGAUGAUCUGGGUCAGUUUCUGCGCUCUCUGCCCACCUCCGCUCUGCUGGGUCUGGGGGCGCUGACCGCUGUUCUGGCCUACUGGAUCACCAAACGCCCGCGGGCCAUCGUCCCGCCCUGCGACCUCCGGCACCAGUCUCUGGAAGUGCAGAUGGAGGAUGGCGCUCGGCGCUCCAUGAUGGGCGAUCGCUCCAAACUGCUGGCGUAUUAUCAUGAGGACGCCAAAACCAUGUAUGAGGUGUUCCAGCGCGGCCUGCACAUCACCGGUGACGGCCCGUUUCUAGGCUCCAGACUGCCCAACCAGCCCUACACCUGGUUGUCCUACAGAGAGGUGUCCACCAGGGCUGAGUACGUGGGCUCUGGUCUGUUGUCUCAGGGUUGUCAGCCGAACACAGAUCAGCUGAUCGGAGUGUUUGCACAGAACCGGCCGGAGUGGAUCAUCUCUGAGCUGGCUUGCUACACGUACUCUAUGGUGGUGGUGCCGCUGUACGACACGCUGGGGGCCGACGCCAUUCGCUUCAUCAUCAACACCGCUGAGAUCUCCACCGUGAUCUGUGAUAAAGCAGAGAAAGCGGUGGUCCUGCUGGAGAACGUGCAGCGGGGAGAAACACCCGGCCUGAAGAUGAUCAUCCUGAUGGACACGUUUGACUCUCAGCUCCUGGAGGAAGGACAGAAGUGCGGCGUCCACAUCCAGGCCCUCAGAGACGUCGAGGCUCUGGGAAGAGAAAACCACAGGACACCAGUGCCGCCCAGUCCUGAUGAUCUGUCCAUCGUCUGCUUCACUAGCGGAACCACAGGUCAGAAAGCGGUGGUGAUCUGCCAUGGCGGGAGGAUCGGCUUUUUUCAGGGGGAUAUUCGUCUGCUCCCUGAUGAUAUGAAGGCUCUGAGGCCCACCAUAUUCCCGGUGGUUCCUCGUCUCCUGAACCGCAUGUAUGACAAGAUCUUCAGUCAGGCCAAUAACUCAGUGAAGCGCUGGCUGCUGAACUUUGCGGCCAAGAGGAAAGGAGCGGAGGUGAGCCGCGGCGUGACCCGCAGCGACAGCAUCUGGGACAAGAUCUUCUUCCACAAGAUACAGGCCAGUCUGGGUGGUCGGCUGCGUAUGAUCAUCACUGGAGCAGCUCCGGCAUCUCCGUCCGUCCUGGACUUCCUGCGAGCUGCGCUGGGCUGCCAGGUGUACGAGGCGUAUGGUCAGACCGAGUGCACCGCCGGAUGCACCUUCACCACACCUGGAGACUGGACCUCAGGUCAUGUCGGAGCUCCUCUGCCGUGUAAUCUCAUUAAACUGGUGGAUGUGGCUGAGAAGAACUACUUUGCUGCUAAAGGAGAGGGAGAGAUCUGUGUGAAAGGGCCGAAUGUGUUCAAGGGUUACCUGAAGGACCCGGUGCGGACCGCCGAGACGCUGGACGCUGAUGGAUGGCUUCACACUGGAGACAUUGGGAAAUGGCUGGCGAACGGCACACUGAAGAUCAUCGACCGGAAGAAGCACAUCUUUAAGUUAGCUCAGGGUGAAUAUAUUUCCCCAGAGAAGAUCGAGAGCAUCUACAUCCGCAGUGAACCCGUGUCUCAGCUCUACGUCCACGGGGACAGCCUGCAGUCGUGUCUGGUGGGCAUCAUUGUCCCGGAUCCGGAGGUUUUUCCCUCGUGGGCUCAGAAGAAAGGUUUUGACGGAGGUUUCCACGAGCUGUGUGAGAAUAAAGAGCUGAAGAAGGCUAUUCUGGAGGACAUGGUGCGGCUAGGGAAAGCGAGCGGCCUCCAUUCAUUUGAACAGGUCAAAGACAUCUACAUCCACAAGGAGAUGUUCUCCAUAGAAAACGGAUUGCUGACCCCGACUUUAAAAGCCAAGAGACCCGAGCUGAAGGAGUAUUUCAAGGAGGAGAUCCAGGACCUGUACAGCAGCAUCUCCAUGUAACCAAAGAGCGGGACGUUUUGGCCAUUCCUCCAUCAUCAUCAUCAUCAUCAUCAUCAUCAUCAUCAUCAUCAUUUCUCCUCCCUCAUGGAAAGCAGCUGGCAGUGGCAGCAGCUCUGAGCGAAUGAGCCGUGGGUCCAGACCGAGCAUGAGCUUACAGAAGCAGUGAUCUUCCUCUGGCCGUGAAUGUCAACAGUCGGUGUGCCUUUAGAAAACCACAGCAGAACCUCCAUGUCCAGCUAGCGUGCAUGUUUCAUUCCUCCAACAGGCAGAGGAUCAGACGGUCCAGUUUUGCUUAGGGCUCAGAGAGGAUAUCCAGCAGACGUUGAGCUGAAGGCCAUGCAUGCAGGGUGCCGGCGCUCCAGCGUGGACGUCCCCGUCAUUCAACUCAACACUACACUCGUCAUCAGAUCUGUGCGCUGACUCCUCAGAAUCAGUCAGGACUCGAUCUGUCAUCUAAUGACCCAGCGGCAGCACAUCCUCUCAGCUUACUAAACAAAGUAAAAACACUUCCAACAUCUCUCAGAGCAAACUGCCGCCUCAGUUAAGGAUGUAAAACAGGGGUGGCACAUUUUGUCAGCUUCAAAUGUCAGAAUGAAUCAGCAUAUUAAUAAUGAUGUAUGAACAUUUCAGAAGUCCAUCAGGGUGAAUUAUUAGGGGAAGCUUAUUUUACAGCAUGUAUAUCCCCAGCAGGCACACAACGUCUUAAGACAUUACUAUUAGCUUAGAUUUAGGUCGUGACAUCAUGUGACCAAACGUCAAUAUCGUGCCAGUGUGUAAGUUCAGCAUUAUUGUUUAAUGACGUUGAUAUUUGGUUGAUGAUUGGUGUUGGAAAGUGAGCAAAAUACGUCAAGCCAACAUCUUAAACCAACAUCAUAUUCAUCACGUCAGACACUGACACUUGUUCAAAACACAACAUCCAAUGUCUGAUAGACGUCAUAGUGGUAACGUCCACACAACAUUAUUAGACGUUGAUAUUUGGUUGGACAUUGACAAUUUUCAUUUCCAAACAAAAUGCUGGGUCAGAUUGAACUCCUUAUCUCUCUUAUUAUAUCUUUAUUUCAGAUGGUAACUUUUAAUAAAGAUGUACAAACAGGAUAGCACAUUUUGUCAGCUUCAAAUGUCGAUCAGAAUAACUACCAGCUUAAAUAAGGGUGUAAACACAGAUUAUUUACCUAGUUUCACAGGAAAACUCAUUAAAGUUUGACUUGUUAUUUCCUAAAACUAAACAGUAUGCUUUACUUGCUUAAAAAAAGCUUCUCUGUCGGAUAUUGUUAGAUAUUAAUCCACCAGAUGGCAGUUCAGUGCCAGAAUCUGGAUUGGAUUGUAAUUUGGUUCACAGCAAUAGCCGACACAGAACACCACACAAAUAAUUAUUAAAGGUCAUAUAAAAACUAACUAUUAUUAAAUAAAAUGGUCAUUUAAACAGAACAGUUACCAAUAAUACAUGUGCAAACAGCAGGAGUAUCCAGUGAUCAUGAGCAAAACACAACUUAAAUCAAGAGGCCUCUUCUAGACAAGUAAAGCACGUUGUCUUAUCUUCAGGAUGCAGCACAUGUUGUCUGCUUCAAAUGUUAUUUCAAAAUAAGAGUGUCAAUAUGUUCAAAUGUCUAUCACCCUGCAUUUUAAAUUGAAUUUGUUUCAUUUUUAAUUAGCUUAUUGUUUAUUAGAGAGGUAGUUCAUUGCAUUUGAUGCUGACACAUGGUGUUACCCGUUUAUACACCCAAGUUAAAGCUGCUAGUUCAUUCUGAUAGACGUGUGAAGCAGAUAAGAUGUGCUCCCGCUGAAACAUGACAGAUUGAGCUAUUUUGAAGAGUUCAUCAGCACAGAUCAUCUGAACACCGGUGCGACUCUCUCUGCCAGACCACUCGCUUUUCAGUUCUUUCACCCUGAAGCAUUUCAGUAGUAGUGUACAUUUUUGAAGAAAACUAGACGUGAGAAUAUAUAAGCAAUGGUUUGACGUGUAGAGAAACCAGUAAGAUUUGAGUCUGCUCUUGAAUGAUAUCAGAACUUUCUCUUUGUGUUUGGCAGAAGGCUCAUGUUCAUUUCUGUAUUAUCACACUUCAGCACAUUCUCACUCCCGACUCCUCAUUUAAUGUCCUUUGUGAUGCUCCGGACAUCCCUUCGGCUUGACUUUUGCAUUAUGCGUCUGAUUAUGCAGUGUAUUGCGUGUGUCUGUCAAAUACGAAUCACUUUAUUAAGAUGCAUACUCUCAGAUAGUGUUGUCGAAAAUGUAUGGAUAAUUAUCUACAGUGUACUCAACUAUUUAAAAUGAUCCAGUCUUGCUUUCGGUUUGUAUUGAGACCAAAAUCAGAAGAGAGAUGAACAAUUAAUAAUACUAUUAAGAUUUCAACACUUGUUUUAAUCAGAAAAUAAGACGAGAUUGCACUCAUUUAGUGUCAUGUUCCCUAAUUUAAUGCAUUUCAGACUUAAGGACUGCUGACGUACCGGGGAUAAAAAGCAUUUUACAGUUUAGUGUACUUCAUUUGCAUACUUUUAAUGCGGCAUCAUUUGUUCCCCACGGUAUCAACAAUAGUAUCGAAUAUCGGUAUUUUCAAGGUAUCGUAUCGAAGUUGGAAAUUCCAGUAUGGUGACAACACUACUUACAAUAAUGUUUUGGAGCAUCUUCCACACACCAGACCCUAAACCUGCCCACUUCACAACAACAUAAAGCAGCAGCAGCAGGCAAAAGACAGUGGAAUCACCUCUAUUUAUUACAAAAACAAGCAUAGAAAAGCAAUAUAAACAAGGCCUGUUGCAUUAUAACCAUGUCUAUAUGGGAAAAACGGAGUGAUUUAUGAUGUUUUGACAUGGGCGAGGUGAGCCAGCAGUUGUGUCGGUUCCUUCUAGAAAGUCUUGGAAGACUUGAAUACUCUUAUCUGUUCAGUAAACUGCGGCUGUAGUUGUAUCUGUUCACUAUGACCUGUUUUAUAUUGACGAAUGGAUGUAUGGAUGGGUUUAGUGCUAGGAGCUGGUUUACUUGUGUAACGGAGGCCAGCGAGUAAGUGCUGUGCAGGUAAACCUCACUCCUCUGACCUUUAAAGGUGCUCUAGCGACAGACGCCAGAGGUCAUGGUCUUUAGGCUCCUUGGUAGAGCAACCGAAUCCCAUGCGGAAGGUCACCGGUUCGAUACCAGCUCGGAGCGGGUUGGGUGGCAUAUAACCAGCGUGGUUACAUUUGCUCGUAAAUCUGUUCAAGGUGUAAUGUACGUCCAGUAGUUUUGACUGUUUACUCUAGACAAACUCACACCUCAAUAACAGCCAAACUAUUACCCGACAUGUCAUUUCAUCUCAACCCUUUGGAUUAGCACAUCAACACCAAAGGUUUUAAAGCAAGGAUAGCCCUAUACACUUUAUGAAGGGGUUCACUAUAUAUAAUGACGUCAAUAUAAUGCUAUUAUACAGAUUAUUGUAGAGCAGUCGGGAGUGAGAAUGUGUCGCUCAGUUAUUUUAGAUUUCUUCUUAUGGCAUUAAAACACGAUGCAUUUCACUCGCCGCCUUUCGUAGGCCUCCUCAGUCGGCCUGUGUUGUGUUUCCGCUAGAAUGUUUUUUUUAGCUAAUUUAAUGAUCAGGGUUAUUCUGUUGUUCAUUUAUUUAUUCCUCUCAGAGGUUGAAUGCCCCUAGUCUCCGCACAGCUUUAUGCUCAGUUUUAUUUGCAGAUCAACACAGCUGAUUCCUCCUAGUUUCAGGCUCGGGAUUCGGUGGUGAGAAUCGUCAGAGCAGCGUUCUGUCAGCGUCUGUUUAAUUAGCAUCGUCAAGCGUUCAUCACAGUCUUUCCGUCGAACAGCACGUAGACAUUCGCCAGUAUGAGCGGUGAGCCUUACACACGUUUUAUGUUACAAUCUGGAGAGAAAGAACGGUUUGUUUUCCCUUGAUUUUGACCAGCGGUUUGUGUUUUGGUAAUUCUAACAGUUCACCUGCAUCUUUUCCUGAUAAUAAAGUCUUUUCUGCGCAUGUACAUCUCUGCAUAUACACUGACAUAGUGACGAGUGUGAGCAACAGAUGUAAAAAUAAAGACGAAUUCUUUGUAAUUCUA